AUGGCCGGUGGGUUAGACAACGAAAGAGAUAAACGGCGUGCUUCAUUAUCAACCCAGGAUUUCAGGAUGCGGAUGGGGGGGUGGCUGGAUGGCGAAAGGGGGGUGGUUUGUAGCCGGUCGCGUGUCGUUAGGAAAAGGAGCGAGAGUAGUGCGGAGUUGGUGGCGGAUGGGAGGGGGGGCGGGCAGCAUACAAGAAGACGGCCCCCGAGCGUACGAGAGAUGGAACUGCUGGACUGGGAGGGAAGGCGCAAACGCGCGCUCAGCGAGGCGAGCACCUCCCUGCGAUUGACAAUGGAUGGAAUUAAGAUGCAGGUGGCCAUGAAACAGCAGGUACGACUUGUAGGUGGAGCGGCGAGGGCUGGUAAUACAGAGAAGGCACGACUGCGUGCGUGGACGUCGAAGCCCAUUCAGCCGAUAUCUGGCCAAUUUGGGCGGUAA